AAACCAGAUCAAGCGAAAUAUAACGCUGAACAAGAUGGUUAUAAUAAAGAAAUAGCAAUCAUAAAGACAAAACAGGAUUCAGUCCGAGCGCGUAUUUCUUUAAUUCAACCUGCUAGAGAAAAUGAUAGAAGAUCACAACUUAAGAUUGAAAUGGAUUCUUUGAGAUCAGAACAAGGGAAAUAUAAAUCUGAAAGACAAAAAACUUUAGAUGAAUUGAAAAAGUUACAAGAGAUCGUAGGUAAGAAAAUCAAGGAUGCUCAAGGUACGAAAUCUAAAAUGGGUUUUAGAUCGGUUAAUGAGGUGGAAGAACGUAUUUCUGCCCUAAACGCUCAGGUCGAAUCAGGAACUAUGAAACUGGUAGACGAAAGAAAAGCCUUGGCGGAAUUAAGCACUCUUCGUCGAUCUCGCAAAGCCUUGGAAUCAUCAGGUUCAGUGGAAGAUUCCAUCGCUGCUGAUCGAGCUAGAAUCGAUGAGCUACGUAAGAUAUUAGAUGAUCCGGAGGUUAAGAAGAUUACGGAUAAAUAUGAUGAGUUGAAGAAAGAGUCUGAUGGGUUGAGAGAGGAAGGUGAUAAAGCGUAUGCUGAGAGGAAUAAAUUGUUUGAUGAGAGGAACGCUUUGUCCGCUCAAUUGGAUGAAAUAUACAAAAAGAAACGUGAAUCAGCCCAAGCUUUCCGGGAAGAAAACGAUCGAUAUUAUGCCAAAAUCCAAGCCGAUCAAAAAGCUCGUCAAGAUCGUCUCAAAGCUGAAAGAGCAAAAGAAGAUGCUAUCAAACGUGAAGCUGAAAUCGUUCGUUUACGUGAAGAAGCCAAAAUACCAGCAUUUUCUUCAGAAAUAGACGAUUGUCAAGUCCUCAUCAAUUGGUUCAAAGGGAAAUAUGGUGGUAAUGAAAUUCCUACCAUUCAAGCCAUAAAAUCCACUACCACCACCGUGGAAGGUGUAAAAACUUUAGAAAUUCGUCGGGUCGAAGGUGAUUUCGAAGGAAUGACAUUGAAGAAAAAAGGUGAUGAUGAUUUGGAAGGUUUCUUUGGAGGGAGUGGAAAAAACAAGAAGAAAGGAAAGAAAAUUUCCCUACCUAAUUCAGGAAUCGCAACACCUAGUGAAGGAGGAGUUGGAGGUUCAGUUAAUUUACCAAUGAGUUUAUUAACUGCUUUACUCAGUUUAGGUAUACCACCACCAACUGGGAAAGAUGAUGUUCAGAGGACUAUGAAUGAUUUAGAAACGAAAAAAGCAUGGUAUGAAGCUAAUUCAGCUACAAAGACA